GCACUGUUGGUUUCUGUUGUUGAGUUGCUUGGUCCCCUCCUUUAAUUUGGUUUGGCCCCAUACAUUCAUUCAAUUGAACCAAGCAGCAGCAGCAGCAGCAGCUUUACUGUUGCUGUGGGCUUUUGCCGUGACCAAAUAAUAUAAUCAAUCCAUGUCCAUGGUGAUGCUCUGCUACCUUUUGAUGCUUUGUUAGGACAGGAGUUAGUGCUGUCUGUGCUCCUCUCAUCCCUUCCCCUUGCUUUGCAUCGAGUUGAGUACGGUCUCUCACUCACUCACUUCGCCUGUAAGGAAGGAAGAAGGAAGGGAUACGAUUAUUAUUGCAAUUGAAAGCGAUGGCAUCAAGCAGCAGCCUCAAUCCCUCCUCCUAUUCGUGCUUCCUCUUCGUCACCGCCGCCGCCGUCUUCUUCACCGCCUCCGAUGCUCAGGUGCCUGGAUUCGUCAGCAUCGACUGCGGCGGCUCCACCAACUACACGGACGAGCUGGGCCUGCAGUGGACGGGCGACGCCGGCUGGUUCCCCUUCGGCCAGACGGCCACCAUCUCCGUGCCCUCCGAGAAACGCGCGCAGUACUCCACGCUGCGCUACUUCCCAUCACCGUCCGCCAGCAGCAGCAGCAGCAGCAAGCACUGCUACACGCUGCACGUCCGCACCCGCACACGCUACCUCGUCCGCGCCACCUUCCUGUACGGCAACUUCGACAGCAGCAACGUGUUCCCGGAGUUCGAUCUUUACCUUGGCGCCUCCCACUGGUCCACCAUCGUCAUCUACGACGACUCCAAGGUGGUCACCAGGGAGGCCGUCGUCCUCGCCGCCGACCCCGCCCUCAGCGUCUGCCUGUCGUCCACGGGGACGGGGACGCCCUUCAUCUCCACGCUGGAGCUCCGGCAGCUGAACGGCUCCCUCUACUACACCGACUACGAGGCGGACGCCUUCCUGGCCCUCUCCGCCAGGAUCAACUUCGGCGCGCCCACCGCCGACCCCGUCAGGUACCCGGACGACCCCUACGACAGGAUCUGGGAGUCGGACAUGGUGAGGAGGGCCAACUACCUGGUGGACGUGGCCGCCGGCACCGUCAACGUCUCCACCGACAGGCCCGUCUUCGUGGCCGGCAGCGAGAGGCCCCCGCAGAAGGUGAUGCAGACGGCGGUGGUCGGGUCGCUGGGCGAGCUCACCUAUCGCCUCGACCUCCCAGGCUUCCCGGGCAACGGCUGGGCCUUCUCGUACCUGGCUGAGAUCGAGGAGUUCUUGGUCCCGGAGACGCGCAAGUUCAAGCUCUACAUCCCGGGGCUGGCGGACGUGAGCAAGCCCACGGUGGACAUCGGCGAGAACGCGCCGGGCAAGUACCGGCUCUACGAGCCAGGCUUCCCCAACAUCUCGCUGCCUUUCGUCCUGUCCUUGGCGCUGAGGAAGACCAACGAUUCGUCCAAGGGGCCAAUUCUCAACGCCUUGGAGAUAUACAAGUACAUGCACAUGGAACUCGGCUCACCGGAUGGACCUGUGAUGGCGACCCUGAGCCUGGCCCUGGCGUCGUCGUCGUCGUCCUUGGCUGAUGUUGCAAUGGAAGGCGGUGAUCCCUGCCUACCUUCACCCUGGUCCUGGGUCAAGUGCAAUUCAGAAGCGCAACCAAGAGUAGUUUCCAUAAAUCUUUCAGGAAAGAACUUGACAGGGAGCAUACCACCCCAAGUAGCGGAUUUGCCCUGCUUAGCAGAGAUCGGAUUUGCUAAUAACAUGUUGACGGGCCCAAUUCCUGAUCUCAGUGGCUCCUCCAACCUAUCCAUCAUUCAUCUUGAGAACAACCAACUGACCGGAACUGUUCCUUCCUACUUUGGCAGCUUGCCAAAACUGAGCGAGCUGUACCUUGAGAACAACCGGUUGUCUGGACCCAUUCCCAAGGCUCUGCUAAGUCGAAGCAUUAUUUUCAACUACUCUGGGAACGUGUACCUUGGAACAGCAGGGAAGCAAAAGAAGAAGCAUGUCAUCAUCAUUAUAUCUGCUCUGCUUGGAGCAUCCUUGCUACUUGCAGCCGCCCUCUGUUGCUAUAUGCUGACACGCAAGGCCAUGAAUUCAUCAUCCUCACCACAAGCACAAGAGAAGGCGCUUCCUGCAGAGCAGAACAAGUUGCAGAAAUACCCAAGCACGCAGCAGCUGCAGUCGAUCGCCACCGAGACGGCUCAUCCCUACAGCCUGUGUGAGCUGGAAGAGGCGACCAACAAGUUCGCGAGCAGGAUCGGCUCAGGGGGUUUCGGGAUAGUGUACUACGGGAAGCUGAGCGAUGGAAAGGAGAUCGCUGUGAAGGUGCCUAGCAACGAUUCGUACCAGGGGAAGAAGCAGUUCUCGAACGAGGUGGUCUUGCUCUCGAGGAUACACCAUAGGAACCUAGUGGCGUUUCUAGGCUACUGCCAUGAGGAUGGGAGAAACAUUCUGGUCUACGAGUUCAUGCACAAUGGAACGCUCAAAGAGCAGCUGCAUAGGCGCGACAAGCACAUCAGUUGGAUCAAGCGGCUUGAGAUUGCCGAGGAUGCUGCGAAAGGCAUCGAGUAUCUUCACACUGGAUGCACGCCAUCGAUCAUCCACAGAGACAUCAAGACGAGCAACAUCCUUCUGGACAAGCAUAUGAGAGCCAAGGUGUCCGACUUUGGGCUAUCCAAGUUGCUGGCAGCGGAGGGCAAGGACUCUCACGCGUCAACCAACGUGAGAGGGACAAUGGGCUACCUGGACCCGCAGUACUACGUCUCUCAGCAGCUGACCGAGAAGAGCGACAUGUACAGCUUCGGCAUCAUCCUGCUGGAGCUCAUAUCCGGCUGUCCUCCCAUCUCCACCAUCGCCUUCGGGGACAACUUCCGCAACAUCGGGCCGUGGGCCAAGUUCUACUACGAGAGCGGCGACAUCGAGGCCAUAAUCGACCCCUCCAUCUCCACGGCGGCCGAGUACCAGGACGUGCAGUCCGUCUGGAAGAUCGCCGAGGCGGCGGUCCGGUGCAUCGACGCAGAGCCUCGGAAGCGGCCCUGCAUGCCUGAGGUGGUUAAGGAGAUCCAGGAUGCAUUGGCGCUGGAGCGGGCGGCGGCGGAGACGACCACCAGCGACAGGGCGCUCGCCUGCCCUUUCUCCCCCGCGGCUGCGAGCGUCAGGUCCGGCGGGACAAUGAGGUCGCACGACAUGGUCAUGGACAACCUGCUGCUCUUGGACGAUGACGACGACUCCACCUUCUCCGGUUCGACCGUCACCAAGCUCAAGUACCCGGAGCUACGAUAGCUGUGAUGGAACCAAGCUCAAGCAGGAUUGCAAUUAAUUAGUAUAGUAGUAGUCAGCAAUUCAUUUGAGUUAGACUGUUAGAGCAGUGGUGAGAUAGCAGAUUUUAAUUUGCAGUUGUUGUUACGUUACAUUACAUUACGAAUGUGUUUGGUUGGCUGGCCUAACUCAGGACCAGGCCCAUUUGAUACAUGCACAUUAUGUUUGGUUGUC